GAAGGCUUCCUUCCCGCUUUCAAGGACGCGCUGUUCGCUGUGGUUACAGAGCAGAAGCUUUUAAUGGUCUUUGGAGCAGCAGAGCUAGUUCUCAUCCACGCGCAGGCUGUGUUGGAUCGCCUUGAAGUGCGGCUGCGUGCCCCGCCAGAACCCCUCCUCCUAGGAACACCGUGGCAGUCUAAGACUCCAAGCAAUACUCAUGGGUGCGGAUCU